AUGCCCAUUGUUGCGUGCCAUAACUCUGGAGGUCAUUCGAGACGGCCUGACCGCGCCGGCAUCAACGGUCACUUCAAUUGUGGUUAUUUCCAUAUGCCGCUACAAUCGUCACGGACUAAAAGGACGGUGUCUAGUACUCUCCGCGAAAACCACGAUUCGGGGGUUGGGUGUCCCCGGAACCAGCCUAACUCGCCAUUCCCAUCGCACAAUCAAGUACAAAAGGACCAAGAGACGAAAUCAACAUCAUUGAGUGUAGCAGCCUUCAAUGCCCAAGAACUGCACUCCAAUCACACAACGCUCCAAUCGAGCAAUAUGGCAAGCAAAGUUUUCAAAGCUUCAAUGUCAACCAAGACAGCCCCAAUCGCCAUCAUUGGUGCUGGACCAUGCGGCCUCACACUAGCCCGACUACUCGAGCGUCAAAAGGUCGACUACGUAAUCUACGAACGAGAUAAGAGCGCUGCAUCAGCCAACGCCGGUGGCUCGUUGGAUAUCCACGAGGCGACUGGUCAAGCGGCGCUUCGGAAGGCGGGUCUGUGGGAUGCGUUUCGCAAAGAAGCCAGAUGGGAAGACGACAGAUUCACGGUAUACGACAAAUUUGGAAAGCAACAUCUCGACAUCAAAAGCAAUGGCGGAGUUGAUGAAGCGGGACGGCCAGAGAUAGAUCGCAAAGCGUUGCGACAAAUCCUUCUGGACUCCGUACCGCAAGAGAAGAUCCGAUGGGGAAGCACCUUAAAAGCUGUUAAAAUGCAUAAGGCUGGCUCGCCGGCCCUCGAGUUCACCUCCGGUGCCACUGCGGAAGGGUUCAAGCUUGUGGUUGGCACUGACGGUGCUUGGAGCAAGGUUCGCUCGAUGAUUACACAAGCGAAGCCUGAGUACUCCGGCAGAACAUACGUGGAAGCCCAAAUCACGGAAGAAAACCCGCUGUUCAAGUCAGUCUUGGACAAGUUUGGGCAUGGAACUGCAUCUUUACUGGCGGGAGCAAGCCAAAUGAUCGUACAGCGGCAGGGAAACGGAUGGUACAGGGUGUACUUCGGGAUACAAGCUCCCGAGCACUACGUUGGCAGAGAGCUCGACUCAGCAAGCGUUGAUGCCUUGCGAAACUCACUGCUAUCCGACUUCUACAGCGACUGGGCGGAGGAACCGAAAGACUACAUCCGACGAGCCGACCACUUUCGCAGUUGGCCGUUGUAUCACCUCCCUGUUGAAAGUCAGAAAUGGGCGACGGUGCCAGGUCUGGCCCUGGCUGGGGAUGCAGCUCACUUGGCACUCCCCAACGGUGAAGGUGUCAACUGUGCUAUGUGGGAUGCGAUGGAACUGGCUAAAAGCAUUGAGGCCUAUGGCCUCGACAAGCUGGAUGAUGCGGUUCGCGAAUAUGAGAAGGACCUCUUGGUGCGGGGCAAAGCUCACAUCGAAGACGGCAUACAGCUUGGGAAUCUGAUGUCGCAUGAGACUGGACCGGCCGCUUUAUCCGACUUCCCGAUGUCUCAUUCGCCUAUUAUCAGUGUCUCACGCUUGACUACGCCAUUGAUUCUGCCUGGGCUUACUCUCCCCGAAAUUGUUAGUCGGCCCAUUCUAAAGUCCGGAUUACGCCGUGGUGCGGAGCACCAAAAAGCCACGCUUGAGAUCCCGUCCUCCCCUCUUCACGGCAUCGGCCUUGGCACGACACCGUCCGACAUUGCAACCAUGUCGGCUCCCGGGAUAGCAAGCAGCAAAUCGGACACCGCUCCUCGAGCAAAACCCCAGCGCGUCCUCGCCUGUGUCCUCUGCCAGCAGCGCAAGAUCAAGUGCGACCGCAAGUUCCCCUGUUCGCAUUGCACAAAACAUCAGCUGCAGUGCGUGCCUGCGACACAGAACCGGCCACGGAGACGGCGAUUCCCGGAGAGGGAGCUUCUCGAUCGCUUGAGAAAGUAUGAGGGCCUACUACGACAGAAUAAGGUUGAUUUUGAGCCACUCCACGGUGACCUAGGGGCCAGGUAUGGGAAGUCUGUCGAUGACAGUGGCGGGUCGGACGAUGAGCACCGAUCCGAAGGUGUGGGAAUGCCUUCACCAUCAGUCACUGUGAAAUCUGAAACAUCAUAUGAGCCUAAGAACUUUUGGCAUUUGGUGAGCCCAGAGCUCGACGACUCGCAUGCUGGCUUGCGAGAGACUAUCAGGCAAACGUGGGAUCAAGCCUGCGAUAGCGAUGACCAUAUUCUCUUCGGAUCCCCAGACCGAUCAUCCGUCGACCUUUCAACGCUCCAUCCUGAGCCCGUCCACAUCUUUCGAUUAUGGCAGAUUUACCUCGACAAUGUGAAUGCGCUGCUUCGAGUGACUCACGCCCCCAGUUUUCAAGCGCGCAUCAUUGAAGCCGUGAGCAGCGUCGAAAACAUGAGUCCCGCAUUGGAGGCUCUCAUGUUCAGCAUAUACUCUAUGGCCAUCUUGAGUCUUUCCGAGGAUGCAUGUUACGAAACUUUCAAGCAGCCGAGAGCCCUGCUCUUGACCAAAUACCAAUUUGGUUGCCAGCAAGCUCUCUCAAACAGUCAGUUCUUGAGAACAAAUGACAUUGACUGCCUGACUGCGUUAUUUCUUUAUCUACAUGCGAGCCGCCCUAGUGCUCACAUCCGAUCAAUAUCAUCUCUCCUCGGCGUUGCGAUCCGCAUCGGCCAGCGUAUCGGUCUCCAGCACGAAUCCGCCAACACCAGGUGCACCGUCCUAGAAGCCGAGAUGCGUCGGAGGCUCUGGUGGUCCUUGGUGCUGUUCGACGCCCGCAUGAGCGGUCUGACCGAGCACAAGGCGACCAACUUGACCCCGACAUGGGACUGCGCCGUGCCGCUGAACGUUAGUGACUCUGACCUACGAGCAGAAAUGAAAGAACCACCGAGGGCGGAGAUGAAAGUCAGCGAGGCACUUUUCUCGGUGGUGACGGCUGAGCUCGCCGAUUUCACCCGGCACACUGCGUUCUACCUCGACAUGACGAAUCCGAUUCUCAAGCCCAUCGCCAAGGAACUUCCAGGUGGCGGCAAGGUGGAUUGGUUGGAGAAGUCGGUAGAAGACAAGUACUUCCGGUACUGUGAUCUCGAGAACCCGACUCAUUUCAUGGCCUUGUGGAUGUCACGCGCAUCCCUCUCGAAAUUUCGCCUCAUGGAGACAUCUCACAGCUUCUACGAGGGUCCGGUUGAGGAGAAGCACAGAAUCACGUUAUCAAGUGCCUUAAGGUGGCUUCAGUGCGAUGCGAAGCUGGCGGCCUCGCCGCUGAUCCAGAGAUUCAGGUGGUUUCUCCAGAUCUACUACCCUUUCCCUGCCUACAUCCGCAUCACACAGUUUCUCAAACUGAACCCUCUGGAUCCGAAAGGCGAGUAUAUCUGGAACGCCAUGAGUGAUCACUUUGAGGCUCGGUUCGAACAACUUGAGCCGGGGUAUAAUCCUGUCUUUGUCCCUUUCACUGAGGUCAUUGUACGCACCUGGGAAGUGGUCGCAGCGGCACUCAGGAACUCAGGGCAGCCGGUGGUCCCGCCGAGAAUUGUGGCCAAAGUACAGGAAAAGCUGUCGGAAGUGACACCGGCUCUGAGUCCACAGUCUUCCGAUACCGGGCCCAAGGCUGAAGCGAUGAAUAUGAACCCCUAUGACUUUAGUGCACCUUUUCCGAUGGAUAUCGUUAGCCAGAGUCUCACUUACGAUCAGGGUACCUAUUCGCCAACAGACAAUGGUCUAUACACAAAUAUUAUCGUGCCGGACAUGCGAAGUAUCAACAUCGAUCAGUUCAACUGGGACUCAUUGGACUUGGGGCAAAAUGGGCAAGCGACAUGA